AGCAUCCUUGGCAUCGGACUCCCUUCACAUUUGAGUUUUCUAGUUGACACGAACGGAAUUUGUUAUCGAGUGGCAAUCGCCACUUUUAUUUUUGUGUCCGCGGCCACAACGGAAGUUAUCUUUUAUCUGUAGCAUAGUACACGACUAUUUUUACCAUCAGAAGUUACGACGUCCAAACGCGGCAGCCUAGUAAAAUCAUUUUUUUUGUUUUGUUUUUUUACAGAACGCAAGAACAUGAAUCAAUUUUAACUGUAGUUGCUCCACCUCCUGUGACUUCGAACUCUGGGUCUGUGAUUCUCCUCGCAACUCAGCUUCAGCAUCCGGUCGGGUUGUAAACCCUUUAUUUUGGCUUAAUAGACAAAGAAACCUGGGACGACGGCGACCGAUCUUGAACACCGCAGCCAUGUUGCCGACAUCGACUAUGCUAAAAUCCAGCGGGAGUAGGGACAGUGUCAGUAGUGGUCUGGAUUACCGGUCGAGUUUACAAAAAGAGCUGGAUGAAGAGAAACAACGAGGAGGGCAUUUUCAAAAAAACACUUCUGCCAGCGUCUCUCUGUCCAACUGGAAAAAAGACGGACACACGCGCUGCGUCCACCACCUGCCGCUGGCGAUUUUUUUGCUUUUACUCAUCUGGUUUAUCCUGUCCUUUUUCCUCGCGCGAACGAAAGUCAUGCACUCGCUGGGGUGGUACAUUCCAGCUUUUGGGUUCGUCCUCUACAUGUUAAUCUGGUUGGCGCUCGCCGCGAUCUACUCCUUUGGCACGACGGACAAGCUGAUCUGCACGUGCGAAAAGUUUGAACUGCUGGAAAACCAACGAAAAGAACUGGAAAAUAAUAAAUCGAGAAGUGAAGAAACGCUGGCGCAAGCAGAUAGGGGCACUUCCGCAGUAAACAAUAAACCGACGACCACGAGGACGGCGUCCAACAACAAUAAGCUCCUCACGGUGAAGAAAGAACGGCUGUCCGUCGCGCUCUCGAGCCGUGAGGAGGACAUUUUCAGUGCCAACACGAUCUACAAGACGCCGCCGGACGGGGUCUUGCACUUUUUGAUCAUCCCCAAUUACAAAGAAGACGAGCAGAUGCUGUCGGAAACCAUCGACGCGGCGGCGAUGAGCAAAGAGUACGCCGCAAAGUCCGUGGUUCUGGUACUCGCUAUGGAAGCCCGCGCGGGGAAGCAGGACGAGGCGAAGGCGUACCGCUUGGCGAGGAAGCACGCAAAUCAGUACUUGGACGUAUUGAUAAACUUUCACAAGCCGGGGGAGCUACCGAGGGAGAUCGCGGGGAAAUCGAGCAACCAACAAUCGGCCUAUUUGAAGGUUCUGGAGAUGUUGGACAAGCAAAAAGCGCAAUACGCCACUUCCAUGAACCCUUUCAGCUACUCGGAAAAGAAUAAUCUUUCCUCGAGGGCGGGUGCUGGAGGAGGUUUCUUCCCACCUGGAGGUUCCACUACUGCAACAACCUUCGCCAGUCCGAGUUUCCAGAAAAUCAGCCACAAGGGAAUCAGGUUUUUGGAGGAAUUUGUGCUGGACCGGAAUGAGCAGGCCUACGAGCAUGGUGAGGAUGCCGUGAGGGAAGCAGCGGAGCAGAUGCAAAAUCGGAAGCAGUUCACGGCCAAAAAUCCAGACGUGAAAAUUUACGACAUAUCCCGUACGUUUGUCACGAUCCUCGACGCCGAUAGCAUCCUCCAUCACGGCUACUUUCCCUUACUCACCGCGACAGCCUUACGUUUACAACCGCAGUGCCGCACGUGGCGGAUCUACCAGUCCGCCGUUUUUCCCUUUCGCAACGUGCAAAAGCUCCCCGGGUUCGUGCGUACCAGCAGCUACUCGCACUACGUGGUGGAGUGCGGGUUGUGGAACCACCUCGGGGGCCUGCACAUGAACCACUAUCCUGUGCAAAAGUAUCGUACUCGUAUAAAUGCAUUACAAAUUUCCUCAGCAUGAGAAAUAAAAUUUGUAAUGCAGAUUUGCCUUGGAAACAAGAUUUGUAAUGCAAGACUUGCAUUUGGAUUUGUACGAGUACGAUACUUUUGCACAGGAUAACCACAGCAGUUACACGAUGCCGCUCGCGUUGCUGCAAAGGGUUAAUGGGUGGGACGCGGAUGUUAUUGCCGAAGACCACCACAUGUUUCUGAAGUGUUUAUGCAUUGCAAAUGUGUCUGGCUGUGGGUGUGGAAGAAUGCAACUUGUAAUGCGAAGUCCGGAUUGUGAAACAAUCUGUGUUGCAUGAUUAUCAUAAGUUGUCCACUUUUGAUCAAUGUGAGAGGAAGUUUCUCGUGCAGGAUAGGCAUGAGAAAGGUCUCACCGAAUCUCUCGUGCUAUGUCCUGCAUGCGAGACCUCAUGGGUCAUGAAAAAUCUGCAUCACAAGUCUUGCAAUCUUCCAGACCCAGACGUAUUUGCAUUUGAUGGCGUUUCUGCGAAUCCCACUGGACGGACGUCCGGGAACGGGAGCGGAAAGAGAAAGUGAACUUACGCAGCUCAAGUAGUUCUGCUGGUACUAGUGGUGCGCAAGAACAACGGCGCGAAGAUGGAGACGUCAUCAAUUACGAGCCAGAGCGAAAGCCGUUACUGGCGAACUCGGAUGGCGAGGUGAAGUACGACUACGACAAUGCUCCCAGAUAUGGAAGUUUCAGAAUCGAAAUUGACAAAGUCGGAAAAUUUGCGAUGCACAAAAUCGAUGUCAGUUGGAGCCUCAGUUUCUAAGUGGCGCAUGGCAAAUUUUGGGAAUAGUACCCAAAGCCAGUCUCCUGUAAUGCUACUCUGGCAGCACAUUGCAUCCCCCUAAACAGGCUUACAAUCGGCCUCAUUUGCCUGCUCCCCAAUACAGGCCUUCAGUGCCCUACGUUUUACGCAUCACAAAUUUUUCGAUUUUGUCGAUUUCGAUCCUGACACAUCCAUACCAGAACAAGUCGACAAGAAACCACUUCGCGGGUGAAGCUGGUGCGGAUCCCGCUCCCCACGAUCGGGUACACGGUAGAAGCCGCAGAAGACGAGACUUCGGCCCACGUGUGGGCGCGGUACCACCAGUGCGUGCGGCACUACUACUUCGUCAGCGAGCUCUCCUACUGCUUUCUGCAGCACAUUAAACUCGCGAAGGCGGGCGCGCUGUCCUGCGCCGCGCACUGGGAACUGUUCCGGAUCGAGUGGCACAUGAUCACCAUGUUGAUCUUCACACCCUUGUACGCGGUUUUGAUGAUUUAUGGGAGUGUCAGAAUCGAAAUCGUCAAAGUUGAAAUAACUUGUAAUGCAUAAAAUCGAUACCAAUCGGACCCACAGUUUCUAGUCAGUGUAUGACAAAUUUUGUCCGUACCGGAAGCCAGUUGGUCAUGCUGUUUUGGGCAAAGGGGCUCCCCUCUGUGAUGCUAACCAGCAGCCCAAUUCGCGACCCUUGCCAGCGCUACAAUCUGCCUCCCUUGCGUCCUCUGCAAUAGGCACAAUUUUGGUGUUGCAUUUUAUUUUAAGCAUGACAAACUAUUUCAUCUUUGUCGAUUUCGAUCCUGACACUCCCAUAUGAUUUUGGUGAUCGCCAACGUGCUUUGGUGUUUCUUCGACCUGCUGGCGAGCAACCACUGGACGUGGGAUAGCAUGAUCUUGCUCUACAUUUUCUCUCCUGUAACGAUCUAUGUCCGCGGUGAAGCACCAACAGCGAACGCAGGAGUUGCACCUCCCCCGGCCUACGGGAGUUCCUCUCUAUUAUUCUACCGAGACCCGAUAUCGCAAGAAAAAACUGUUUCACUGUAAACUUGCCAUGCAGAGAAUGGAACACAGAACUAUUUGUCUUGCUACACCUGCAAGGCAUUGGAUUUUUCAGCGUGUUUUCCCUUGGGAAGCGCGCAGGGCAAAUUUUCCCUGUCAUGUGUAGCAAACUUGUGAUCCAGAUCUUGGAAUAAAACCAUCACAGUGAAACAGUUUUUUCGUGGGAUACCCGAGUGCCGACUACAUUUGGACCAUUUUCGCUUUCUUUCUCUCGCUCGGCUCGGUGUGGCUCGGGCUGGGCAUUCUCCCGGCCGCGUCCGUGCGACGCGCGCUGAAGGCGACGCUGGAGGGGAAAUUUAUCCCGGUGUACUACCUCCAGGAAGCGAAGGACGCAGAGAAGAAACGGGCCUGCUUUUGCUGCCCCACGGUAAAUUACGAAAAGAAAGAGUACGUGAAACUAGUGCGGAACGAUCAUGGGAAUUUGAUCGGGGACGAGUUCGCGUAUGUAGAAGAAGAUGGGGAAGGAGGAACUACUUCCACCGCAGGAACGACAAGUGACGUGGUAGAGAAAACAAGCCCUGGUGUAGGUGCAGCUGCUAUCAUCGAGAAAUCCGCGUCGGAGCACUCGCAGCACUCCUUUAUUUCGGCGAAGGACCACCACAUGCAGCAUGCGCUUGUGCUGAAAACGCGGACCAUGGACAAGAAGUCGUCCUACUGCCUGUUCCGCCAGAUUUCCGACGACUACUCGAACUGGGGCCUCCUGGGGGCCUUUUUCUUCGCCGUGGGGCCGGCGUUUUACGUGAUCUUCCGGCUCAGCUUAUCCUGAGUAAAAACGUCCCCACCCCAUAGUUGUCAUGCAGAUUUGCAGCCACAGGAAGAUUUGUAAUGCGCAUCCGCAUGAGAGGCUUUUCCAAUCUUUUUUUGGACUUUGUAAUGCUGUAAAUUGGACGAGUAGAUGGAUUUGUAUUGCGGCUGUACUUGCUAAACUGCACUACAAUGCAGAGACGAACUUGCCAUGCUUGGCUCCCAAAACUUCUCGACUUGUGUUGCGAGAUCCUCAUCUUGACUCUGGGGUGGGGACGUUUUUGCUCAGGAUACAGCUGCCAUGGACAUACGGCCGAGUACGUGGUCGCCGAGAAGCCGGCAACCGCUAUGACAGUGCACCACUCCCCCUCCCCCUCAUUUGUAUGGCAUGAGCAGCAAUAUAGACACCAGCACAUAUAGAGCCUAUGCAUGGCAAUGGCAAAUUGUUACGCCUCGCGUAGUACUGUUUGGACUUCCAGAAUUUGUCAUGCAAACAGUGCUACAAUGUUAAGGCAGCAGCUGGAUUUGGCAUUUUGCAUGACAAACGAGGGGGAGGGGGAGUUGUGCACUUUCAUAACCGCGGGACCCGUGCCACUAGUCAGAACCUCCUCGAUCGCAAGUUUGAUGUAG